AUGGCGAGGUCCGAGACGUCGUCGCCGCGCGCCGAGGUCAGCGAGAGACCCUCGGCUAUCGUGCGCAUCGCAUAUCAUCAAUUGAGCGUCAUGUGCGGCACGCGCGAUCCCACCGCGCCGAGGGUCGCGGCCGCGAACGCCGGCGACGCGGACGCGCGCGGCAUGGUGUGCACGCGCCGUCUCCUGGGCCUGCCGGUGUUCGCCACGGUGACGUCGGCAUUCUGCGGCGCGUACACGGCCGUGCGCGGCUCCCACGAGACGGUCGCGACGUUACUGGGCUACGCGGAGAACGGGAUGCGCGCCGGCCUGGAAUUCGCCAGCCCCGUCACCGGUAGGGUCGCCGGUCUCCUGGAGACGCCGCUCAAGUCCGUCGACGGCGCGGUGUGCGUCGGGCUGGACUUCGUGGAGGAGAAGGUGCCCUCCGUGAAGCUGCCACCCGGCGAGAUCUACUCGAACGUGAAGGACGGCGUCAGGAAUAUAUUCACGUCAGCAUUAGAAACCCUCAGGCUUCUAUUUGGCGGGACGAAGGACCGAAUAGAGGACUUGUCGGUAGCGAGCGGGACCGCACAGGAAAUCCGGAAGGUGUCUAGCUGAAUGGUGAAGAUGCGAGGCGUGAUUCGCACUCAGACUUUCGUCGUGGAGUGCACCGCGAUGUUCCAAGCCACGUAUUUCCGCAUCGCGCGUUUGUUCAUGCUAAAAUAUAAAUCUCAAAUCUAUUUCAGAGUUACAGAAUUGUCUGUAACUCAUGUCGGGAUUCGGAACGGAAUUUUAUCCUGAAAUCAGGCGCGAAUUAUAAGGCAUCUAAAAGUCGGUAUCGGACUAUAAACUGGACAUUGAGGAUUGCGAAUUGAAGAUUAGAAUUUGACAAAUAAGAUAAUUUUAUUUCAUUUUGAUUUUUGAGUUAUUAAAAUUCUAAUCGUCAAUUUGCAAUCUUCAAUUUCCAGUGCGUAAUCUAAUGCGGACUUUAAGCAGGCUUUAGCUACGAAACAUAUUGCGAUAUAAAAAUAUAAUAUAGUCAAUUGAGCAAUACACGAUAAUGCAAUCGUCUCGAUGGUAAAAGACGCUCGACGGCAAGUGUCAGAAACGCGAUAAAAUGCGAAAGACAAAAUAUGAACGACCGAUCGGUUAGCCUCUGACUGCGAAAUAUGUAUCUUUGUACGAUAGCUGUUUUACGUUGUUAUUCAA